AUGCAACAGUUCCAACCACCCCAACCACAAAUGAUGAUGCAGCACCAAAUGCCGCACAUGUAUUACCCCCAAGGGUACAUGCCCUUCAAGCACCGCCCGCCUCAAAUGGCUGGGCAGACGACGGAUCAGCCGGCCGGCCAGCCGGCCGAGCAGACGCCCGGGCAAGCGGCGGAUCAGAUGGGGGGAGUAAAACAAGAGGGCCAGCCCGGUUCAUACAUCCAGCAAUUUGGGCUCUAUAGAAUUCCGCCCAACCGCAUGGUCAAGGGGCAGUUUUACCCCGUGCCCAUGAUGAGCCCGCUGCUAAAGCAAGCCCCCCCGUCCGCAGGGGAAGGCGCUGAGCAGGUGAAGGCAGAGCCCCCGGCAGCAGAUGCGGCAGCUCCAGGCGAUUCCGCUGUCCAGCAACCGCCCGGGCAGUUUCAUCCAAUGCCGCCCCAGCUCAUGCUCCAAUACCAUCAGCCCCCGGUAGGGCAGCCGGGCGCCGGCGGGGGGGCGCCAAUGAUGAUGCCCAUGAUGCCCAUGCCGCAGAUGGUCGGCGCACAACGGCCCUUUUACAUGUUCCCAGGGCAACGGCUGAUCGGCAACGUGAUAAAUGGAAUUCCCGCGCUGAGGCAUGCUAGCAGCCAAUUCGACUCGGUGGCGGCUGUACUGGACGCAGUGGCCAACCAGCCCCCAAGUACAAACAAGCGCCAUGUCUCCAGAAGCAGGCAACGUGCACGUCACAACCACGACAGCGGGGAUGAGGACUACGAGGGCCCCCUGGGGCACGUGUUCGAGUCCGACCGCGACAACAACUCGGACGAGGAGUUCAAGGCGCCGGGCGGCGCCCAUGAACCGCGUGACGGAGUCCGGCGCAGUUCCCGAACGAGGGUGCGAACGCAAAAGUACAGCGCCUAUGCGGAGAGCGACGAGGACAACGAGUCACCGCCGGAGGACGAAGGCACGGAUGAAGAUCGCGGCAGCCAGGCCUGGGCCAAGGUUCGAGCCAGGUCGCGGCCGGGCGUCAGAUCCCGCGAGGGCCGCAUGACUCGCAUGAAUCGCCUGACCGGAUCGGUCUCCCACAGCGACAGCUCGCUCUCGCUCUCCCUAGACCAGACGCCCUCCGACCAGCCGCAGGCCAACCCCCCGGACGCCGCGAGGAGCGUCUCCCUGCGCAAGCGCGCGGCCCGCGUAAAUUAUGCUGAAUUGGACACCGAGCUGGACGAAGCCCUGGCAGAGUCCGACGAGGGCGAGGGGUCCUCGGCGGCGCAGACGGAGCGCGAAAGCGUGGGCGGCGUGGACCGCGUGCUGGACCACCGCACGAACCCGGACACGGGGCAGGAGGAGUACCUGAUAAAGUGGCAGGGCUUUGCGCAUAUCCACAACACCUGGGACACCUACGAGGCCCUGCGCGAGUACAACGGCAUCAAGCGCGUGGACAAUUACAUCAAGCGCUGCAGGCAGCUCGAGGAGCGCAAGAGUUACAUGAGCCCCGACGAGAUCGAGCAGGAGAACAUUUCGGCGGAGCUCCAGCGGCAGAUUGACGAGGACGCGUUGGUGGCGGAGCGCGUGGUCGCGCACUGGUGCGAGCUGCCCGACGGCACUGCGCUCCCGCCGGCGGCCUGCGCGGCCCACGGGGCCUCUAAGGGGGGGGACUCCGCGGAGGGCGUAACGCGCGUGUACGUGGUGAAGUGGCGCUCCUGCCAGUACGACCAAUGCACGGAGGAGGAGGAGGAGACGCUGGAGCGGCACGGGUUUGGGGGUUUGGUGGAGGCCUACUACGAGCGUGAGGAUCGCAUAAGCGGGGCCAGUGCGCUGAAGACUCCGUGGAACACCCACUCUAUAUCACUGACUAAGUUUGAACCUUACAUGGACACGCCUACGUAUUUGGCGCACCACGAGUCGCGCAAGCUUCGUGACUACCAGCUGACGGGUUUGAACUGGAUGGUGAAUCGUAUGAAGCGCGGGCUGAGCGUGCUUUUGGCGGACGAGAUGGGGCUAGGCAAGACGAUUCAAACGAUAAGUUUGGUGGGGCAUUUUAUGUAUCGCGAGCAUUUUAUCGGGCCCUACCUGAUAAUAGUUCCCCAAUCCACGGUGGACAAUUGGAUGCGCGAGUUGGAGUCGUGGCUCCCACGUGCGAAUUCGGUGUGUUACUAUGGAAACGCCGCAUCUCGCGAGAUUAUACGUCAGCGCGAGAUGUGCAGGGUAUUUGUCCGCGGGCGCGGGCACCGUUACAAGUGCGACAUUUGCGUGACCACUCCCAGCAUAAUUAACGCCCCCCAGGACCUUGAAUUUUUGCGCCGGAUAAGCUGGCAGCUGAUGGUGGUGGACGAGGCCCAUCAGCUGAAGAAUCGCCAGUCGAAGCGUUUUAUCGAGCUCAUGCAAUUUAUGGCAGAUUACAAAUUACUGCUAUCUGGCACGCCGCUGCACAACAAUUUGGAGGAGCUGUGGACGCUGCUGCACUUCCUCAAUCCCUCGAUUUACGCGUACUACGAGGACUUUAGGCGGCGCUAUUCGGACGUGGAGAACACAUCGGCCAUCGGCGAAUCGAAGCAGCGCCAGCUCUUGGCCCUGCAGACGGAGCUGCACGAGGUGGUCUUACGGCGCGUUAAAAAGGACGUGGAGAAAAGCCUUCCCAACAAGGUGGAGCGAAUACUGCGCGUGGAGCUGAGCCCCACCCAGGUGGAGUGGUACAAAAACAUUCUGACGCGCAAUUACGACCAGCUCUCAAAGUCCAGCGGCGGCUCCAAGAGCUCCCUGCAGAACAUUUGCAUGGAGUUGAAAAAAGUUUGCAACCACCCCUUCCUCUGCCACGAGCCCGACGACAAGACGCUUUGGCGUCAGGGGCUGGUGUACGGCUCGGGAAAAAUCUGCCUCCUGGAAAAACUGCUCAGCCGCCUCAAGGAACGCGGCCACCGCGUUCUCAUCUUCUCGCAGAUGGUCCGCAUGCUCAACAUACUCAGCGACUACCUCACCCUCCGCGGAUACAAGCACCAGCGCCUCGACGGGACCAUGGGAAAGGAGGUGCGCAAGAAGGCCAUGGACCACUUUAACGACCCUGGCUCGGACGACUUCUGCUUCCUCCUCUCCACCAAGGCAGGGGGACUGGGCAUAAACCUCACCACCGCAGAUACCGUCAUUAUCUACGACUCGGACUGGAACCCGCAAAAUGACCUGCAGGCCGAGGCCAGGGCCCACCGCAUCGGACAGACCAAGACGGUGCAGAUCUACCGGCUGGUCACCAAGGACUCCGUUGAACAGACCAUCCUGGAGAGGGCCAAGGCAAAGAUGGUACUAGACACCCUAGUCGUCCAGGGCCUCAACAAAAAGGACGAUUCCCUCCUCAUUCACGACAAGGAGAUGCACUCUGGCUUUACCCGCGACGAACUGGCCAAGAUACUCAAAUUCGGGGCCUCCAAACUCUGGACAGGCGACUACUCGGAGACCCUCUCUAAGGGACUGGACAUAGACCUGGACAAGGUCCUGGAGGAGGCAGAAACGAACGAAGACACCGGGGCCGCCGCGGACCUACUCUCAUCAUACACAAAUAUCACCGAAUUCCGCUACGAACCGCCUGCGGAGGCACAAAAGGUCUCGCGCGGCAGAAAAAAAGCAGGAGAAGUCUCUGCAGACAAAGACUUCUGGGAUGCCACCAUACCGCUGGAGGAACGCGUCAAACUCAAAAAACAGCAGGAAGAAAUGAUCGUACUGGGCCCCCGCAGGACACGCCACAGGGACAGGGGGGAGCUCGCCGCCGUCGCAGAUUUCUCGGCCGAUGACGAAGACGAUGACUUCUCUGGAGACGACCUUGUCGUCUCCAGGAAGAGAUUUAUCGCCAGUAAGCGUAAAAAGGGCGUUAGCAAAAAAAAAGGCACCAGCGAUCUCUUUGAUAGGGAUAAGGUCAAGCUCUACCGCGCCAUCAUGAAGUUCGGGGACCCGUCCCUGCGCCUGGACGACAUACGCAGGGACGCCAAACUAAUACGCGUAAACGCUAACGUCGUGGCCCAGGAGUGCCAGUCCAUCGUGGCCAGUGCCCGUAGGGCACUGGAAGUCUCCACCGGAGAAUCGCGCGCACUCCGGCGCAAGCGUGCCUCAGGCACUGCCGCAGAAUGCCUUGUGCAGGUUGGAGAUGCCAAAAUGUCCGCCUCGGACAUUGUGGAACGCCUAGACGUACUGGACUCGUUGCGUCGCUGGGGCUCUGAUAACUUUGGCCCUUCGUGGCCAACGUCACAGGCUGUGGCCCUCCCGCCCCCCGUCGCAGAACUAAUCGAAGACAAGGAGGGGUGGAGUCCGGCCGCUGAUAUCAACCUGCUCAAGGGCAUCUACCUAUACGGGUUCGGAAAUUGGACGCAAAUCUGCAGCGAUAAGAAAUUGGGCCUAGAUUUUGCUAAAACGUCAAAGACUGAUCGCGCCAAGUCACGCGCCAUACGCCUGCUCAAACUGCUUCACCUCCACCGCACGGGGCAGCUCCAUGCGGAUACACAGCCCAUUACUAGCGACCCGGAGCCGAGCGACCAGAGCGACUUUGAGCCCCAGGCCACCAGCCCGGACAGCCUGGACACCCCCGGCUCGCCCAUGGAUACAUCGCCCACGCACGCGCCCCUCGCCGAAGUGGUGCGCAAAAUAUUCUCUGGAGACGCCCGCAAAACGCUAGCCUCGCUCUACCACAAGUGCUGCAGGGACGAGCGGGCCACCAGCAAGGACGUUGUCCAGAUUAUGAAGACGGGCGUGCCCAUGCUGGGGGACAUUAUCGAGGACGCCGUGGAGCGGCUGGGCGGGCAGUACCCUGGCCUACUGGACGCCUGCUGGAAAUAUGUUUCCAAGUUUACCCCCGCGUCCUCGGGGGAUCUGCAGAGGGUCUACCAGCAGUUUUGCAAAAACAACAUCAAGCAAUCCUCACUGUGA